AUGGGACAACCCACCACCACUGGUGGGGGCCUGAUCACCCGCCUAGGCUGCUGCCUGGACGCCCCUCGGUUAUGCAGCUCCUUGGUGGCAGAUGCCAACCUCACCCUGGCCUGGGCUCUUCCUCCUCGCCGCGUGCCCCUCGGGCCCUCCACGGUGCCCACGCCUGGGGCCAGCGGGAAGAGCGGCCGAGGGCCGCGGGAGGCCCGGAGGAAGUGGCUGAGGGCAGGCGUCCUGGGGGCCUGCGCCGCGCUGGCCGGGCUCCUGCUCUGGGGCAGCCAGGUGGCUGACGACGGCGUCACCGAGGUCCUGGCUGGCCGCGGCGAGGUCCUGCUGGGCAGGUUCAUCGAGGUGCCCUGCUCAGACGACUAUGACGGCCACCGGCGGUUUGAAGGCUGUUCCCCUCGCAGGUGCGGGCGCGGCGUCACCGACAUGGUCAUCACCCGCGAGGAAGCCCAGCGCGUCCGCAGCAUAGCCGAGAAGGGGCUGGCCCUGGGCGGCUCCGACGGAGGGGUGUCCAUCCUGGACCUGCACUCGGGGGCCCUGUCGGUGGGGAAGCACUUUGUGAACCUGUACAGGUACUUCGGCGAGAAGGCGCAGGGCGUCUUUUCAGAAGAGGACUUCCAGCUGUACCGGUGAGGCCCGCGGGGCCGGCUGAGCGGCAGGACCCCCCCCGCCGUGCACCCUUGUCCACCCCUGCCGUCCACACUCACCCGUGCACUCCCUCAGUCCACACUCCGUCCACCCUCGCCCACCCACCCCGCUGUCCCGCGCACCCAGCAGCCACGGGGCGACCCGAGGGCAGCUCCCGGUGGCCGGGGGUCCGGCGUGACAGUGGUGCUCGUGGGCUGUGCCCGCCGCCGCUGGCCCGACCCCAUGUGCGGGUGGGGGCCUGGGUGGGGCGGGGCCUGCCAGAGGCCCGCAGCUGCCGUGCCGCCGCCCUGCGUGGGGUCCGACUCCCCUGGCCAGGGCCCCUGCGCCCCAACCGCCUGGCUGUCGCCCACUCCCCGCCCAGCAGCCUGAACCCCCCUGGGCGGGCGCACCCGGCCAGUCGCUUGCUCCCUGAGCGUGGCUGGUUCUGUGCGACCGCGAGGACUGGACGCUUCUGCCCUUGGGGGGCCCCGCCGGGCCCUGACUGCCAGGCAGGAGGCUGUGAGGAUGAGGGAGGCCGAGCGGGGGAGGCCACCGCAGU